UCAGACAGCUGACCGCAGCGACUCGUCAGGUGUUUGUUUGAGGGAUAAAGGUAGGUUAAAAUUGAAGUUAAGUAAAUAAGUAAUAUGUCAGUAGCUGUGGCAGAGUUUCUACAGGUAAGGCUUACAAGAAAAAGUUAUAAUUUGAUUAAAAAAAACAUAGCAAGCGAGCGUCAAAGUUAAUGAAGGCUAAGUUGACGUGUAGCUCGCAGGCUAACUAAGCUGCUAGUUUAAUAAGUGAAACACGUGUUUACUUUUAGGAUAAAUCAGCUGCAUUGAUAUGAUGUGAACUAUAUUAAUAACGUUUGCUGGUAACCGCAAAUUUGCCAGCUGUUUAAUCGGGUUGACAACAUUAAAAACAACAACAUCAACCAGAGGAGAGGGUGGUUGUUCCUAAACAUGUCCGGGGAACGAGCUCCUCUACCGGCUGGCAGGAACAGCCUGCUCCGCGGGGGCCGGACCAGGUCUUACGGUAGUCUGGUCCGGUCUCCUCUUUCUCCGGUUCACCAGAGACACAUUGAACACAACAUCCAGCCAGGAGAGACUCUGCAAGGCCUGGCCCUGAAAUAUGGAGUGUCUAUGGAGCAAAUUAAACGAGCAAACAGGCUGUACACCAAUGACUCGAUAUUCCUGAAGAAGUCCUUGUCGAUUCCUGUGCAGCUGUCCGACUUGGACGACUGCAGUAAUGGUGUAGAUUUGACAGAAGAGGACUCAGAGGAGUGUGCUGGCGGCGCUUCUGGUCAAAAUGGGCACACAGCAAGGUCAAAUCAGAUAAAGCACGAGGAUGGCAAAGAAAGGCUGUCAGACCUUACUCCGGAGGAUUUUUUGAAGAGAUUGGACGGCAUGAUAAACCAGUCCAAGCAAGCUGCUGUCAAAGGAUGCCGCGAAGCAGAGAAAAGGGUUGCUGACCUAGAAGCAGCUUGCACCAGCAGGACAUCAGACUUGCGGCCGCUCACAAGGUCGCAGAGUGUCAUUACAUCUUCGAGAGCGCAGCAGCAGGCGGCACACAGGGUAGUACCCCUCACUAUCACCAAAUUCACCAAGAAACUGAGAGACAGAGAAGAUGAGAUCUUCGAACUGUGACAUGUGGUAUCUGCUUUCUCACUUUGAUCAUUAAAGAAACUUUCCCAGAACUUCAUGGGGGUUUGACCUCCAGGAAAAAUGGAGAUAAAAGGAAUAUUUCUUUAACUCCCAGCUGCUGUAUGGACCUGAAACUAUGACAAGAAGUAACUUGUCAUACCGCCAUUUAAUAUAUACCCCUUGAAAUGGGGCCGUUUAAAACAAAUAUUUACACAUACAUAUUGCAUUUUUUAGCCUUGUUAUUUAUUUGUUAAGACACACUGUAGAUUAUGAAAAGCUUCAUAUAGCCCAAAGCUGUGUUGGGCAGGAAAUAGGGAGUGUGAAAUUUCAAAAAUGAGAAUUUGCAGUCACAUGUUGCUUUAGUCAUGUGGUUGUUCAUAUGGUCAACUCAGCCAGUGGUUUGUGUGUAAUGCUACCUCACAGCCUGAUUAUGCAAAGCUGCCCAAGCACUCUGACUACAACCUUUUAGCAAUUGCAUAUAAAGCAUAUAAAUCAUUUCACUGUAAUAUUAAGAACACAAAAACGACUUGGAAAUGCGUCUAUGUCAGUUACUGCUGAAUAAUUAGAUCUCUAAUGUAGCCAAAGUUAAUGUUUUUUUUUUUUAGAAUAUAUUUUUACAGCAAUUUUGUGUUGUUUAGUAAGGGUAUGUUUUUGAUUAAGUUUUAUAUAGUUCAUUAAAAAAUGUUUUAAUAUCA